CCGAAUGUAGCGUCCCAUAUAUAUUUGAGAAAGGUUAAUGCAGUCAAGCUGCUGGAAAAUAAUUCCAUGACGAUGCCCAACAGGCUUUUAAAUUGAAAUCAAUAUGGGAAUGAUUUUGAAAUAAUUUCGUCUUUAGUUUUUAUAAGUUUGUUUAAAUCAAGAACUGGUUCAAUAAUGUAUGUGGUCACCCUAUGUCCUCAAAAAUUUGAUUGGAAAAUAAAUAGAAUGGCUGGAAAAAAUAAAAAGCAACGUCUGAACAGGAAAAGAAAAAACAGGAAGGCUCAAAGUUCAAACAUGACAUCAAACAACAGUGAAGUCAUUUUGGAACAGGCCGCGCAACCUCAUUCUGAAGAAUAUACACGUCUCAAUGCUAUCGAGAAAUUAGUACAGAAAUUGAAAUCAAGUCAAGAUAGAGAUACAUUGUUUGCAAUGAAGUCUGUACUGACUGCCACAAAAACCGACAUAGAAAAGAAUUUUAGGAACACUGUUUUCAAAAUAUUAGAAAACUUUCUGGGAAUUAUGGAACAUUUCAGCUUGGAAGAUCUCGAAGUUACAUCUGUGAAAUUUAGAGAACGUUUUAUACCAAGGCAGUUGAUAGAACUUACAAGUAAGAAUUUGAAACUAGACGGAAACUCUGUUAUUGGUCGGGGAGCUUUUGGCAUCAUUACUAAAGGGAUUAUGAGAAACCCUGAUGGAUCAUCUGAAAAAGUUGCUAUCAAGAGUACUCUCAAGGAGGAAUACAACUAUAUGAUACAAAAUGAAGCUGAAGUUUUAUCACAACUGGUUCACAAAAAUGUAGUCAAACUUUUAAGAUUCCAGAAAAAUCCUAUGAAAAUUGUUCUUGAGUUAAUGGAUUUGGGAGACAUCACUAAAGUUCUGGAAGUUCCGGGUCGAUACACAAAACAUCUCUUGAAUAUAUUCCAAGAUGUAGCCUGUGGCAUGGAGUAUAUUGCUGAUAAAAAAUUCAUUCAUAGGGAUUUAACCGCCAGGAACAUUUUUGUCAACUCAAGAUUGGAAUGUAAAAUUGGUGAUUUCGGAUUUUGUGUCUAUGUUGGCGAUUCUGACGGAAGCUAUGAAGAUGAAAACCUUGGAGGUUAUCAUUUGUCACCAGAAGUGAGACUAACAAAAACAUUCACCACCAAAUCUGAUGUGUGGGCUAUGGGAAUAUUUAUAUGUCAAGUUUAUGCCACUAUAAUUGACAGCAUGACAAAAAUGUUUGAUUUACCACCAAAGAUGGAUGUGAUUCGGUUAUUACCAUUAUGUUUUGAUAGGGAAAUAAAGUUGGAAAUUGCCUCAUGGUGUCCAUCUUGUAUUCGUAGUUAUGUUCAAAAUGACAUAUUGAAUGAUCACUUCAAGGAACGACCUACCUUCACGAAUAUCAGAAGAAAAAUUUCAGAGAUUCUGAAGCAAGAAACGAACUACUAACUCAUAAUAUAUUGAUUAUUAUCAUUAUUACAGGUUUGACACCUACAAAUCAACAAUACAAGAAAAUAUGUUUUAUGUUGUUAUUUGUGAAAUAAAAAUUUCUUUUAUUAUAAUAA